AUGGAUGCUUCUUGCGAUGGAGACAGCUAUUUCCGUAUCCGAUUCGGUUCCCAUGUCAAAUACGCUAUUGUGGCGGCAGGCUCGCUCACCAACGACGAGAUUUGUCUUCCGCUUUACCAAUUUCCACCUCUACCUUGGGACCAGAACACCUGGAACGUGGUUUACCUAUCACGCAGAUCGUCUGAUCAGACCUUUCAGACACAAUUAUCAAAGGUAGCGCUGGCUGGCGUGAAGGAAGUCUGGCACCCAAACUCGGUGGAUUGCCUACAGCUGGAACGCACCCGGAUCUUCAAUAUGGAGACAUACGAGUGCAUCCGAGUAGAUAAGAACGAUAGUAAGACAAAGUCGUUCCAGAUCCCCAUGGUCGCCAAGAUUGCUCGCUUCGACUUCGAGAUUCCCUACAUAGAGAAUGAGACGCAUAUAUAUCAUCUCUUAGAAGGAACGGAUAUAGCCCCUGGCUUCCUCGGCCAUAUCCACGAGGACGGUCGCAUCAUGGGAAUGCUGUUGAAAAAGAUCAAGGGCCGGUAUGCAGGCAUUGAGGAUCUAAACAUGUGUCAGGAGGCUUUGAAGCAACUACAUAAGCUCGGACUGCUUCAUGGAGAUAUCAACCGAUAUAACUUCAUCGUGACGAAGUACAAAAAAGUAUAUUUACUUGAUUUUGUAAAUUCACGUGAAGCCGAGGAUGAGCACGAGCUGGAACAGGAAAGAAGUAUCCUUGCGGAUAGGCUUAGGGAUGAGAGCGGAGAAGGUGCUCCAUAUAGCGAUAACGAUGAGAACGAUGAGAACGAUGAGAACGAUGAGAACGACGACAACGGCGACAACGGCGACAAGGAGGAGGAAGAUGAAAAGGAAGGGAAAGAUUUAGACUGA